AACAAACAUGUUACCUCAGCUCCUUGUCCUCUUUGUCGUGAGCGGUGUCUGCCAGGCGCUCCCUCAGCUGGGUUAUGGCGCACCACCGCCACCUUCUGCUGGCUAUGGAGCCCCUCCUUCACCUUCCGCCAGCUACGGUGCUCCAGAUCUCCGGGCAGCAGCUUCCUCCAUCAGUGAACAAGAAGACCCCAUAGCCGCCCUGGCCGCCCUCAUCCCCGGCGGCGGCGUCCCUGGUGAAGACUACCCGAUCCUGGCCUCUGUACCCGACACCGGCUUCUCCUGCGAGCAACAGGAGUUCCCAGGUUACUUCGCUGACACCGCCGACGAGGCAGGCUGCCAGGUCUUCCACAUCUGUCAGUUCGACGGCCGCCAGGACUCCUUCCUGUGUCCCAACGGCACCAUCUUCAACCAGCAGUACUUCGUGUGUGACUGGUGGUUCAACGUGGACUGUGCCGCCUCACAACAGUUCUUCGGCCUCAACGCUGAGAUCGGCAAGAUCCCUGAGGACAACAUCGCUGCCUCCUCCGACUUGUCUCUGGCCACCGCCUACGGCGCCCCGAAGACACAGGCUCAGGCCCCUUCCCGUUCAUACGGUUCCCCUUCCAGGUUUUAGGGGACCGGUCCUAUCUCCAUCCACUGAGGGGCCCCCACCAGCCUGCCCUAUCUGCAGCUAGUCACCAGACCCAGCCCCCCGCCUCCUGCUGCCCAUCUGCCCUCCCUGGUCGACCUCCACCUGCCGCUCCCGCCCACAAUGCUAAUGAGCCCCAUCGUGCCCCGUUUAAGUCCCCAACCUCCUCUUCUGAACUUUAUCCCAAACCCUCAGUCUUGACCAUAACCACUAGUCGGCCACUCACUACACCGCCACCAUCACCCGUAACCUCAUCCACUGCACAACACUCUCCCUCAGGUGAAGAUGUCGUGUUUAUGAGGAAGCCUCCCAGAGUCCCGUUCCCUCGACCAACAAGUCUAUACUUUGGUCAAUUCCACUCUCAACACCAUUCUCAUUUUCAUUCGAUAAAGUCAGAUUCUCUUCUUCCGUCCCUCCCGACACGUCAUCCACCACGAGGAGGUCCCAGUGCCAGCCUGUCAUCACCUCCUCGUGCUCCGGUACUAUCAACAGGAGACAACAAACACACACUACAUCCUCAUGACUUUGAUCCCUCGCUACAUGAUGAUCUUUCGGAAAUCCAAUUAUCUCAAAAAUUAAAAAAAGAUUCAAGUUCUAGAUUUUCCGACACAAAUCUCACUAAAUUAAGUAUAACAGAACCUAAGACCCAUUUCCCCCUGCCAUUAUUAAAACCACAUUCAAAGUUACGUUCCUCCAAUACUAAACCAUUUGAAGAUCUAAGUAAUAAACGUUCUGAGAAUAUUUCUACCCGUAUACCGACGUUCUUCCCUCUGUCUGAGCUGGAGGAACGACCACAGAGCUUAAGUUCUAUAAGAGAGUCUAACCAGCACUUACUUCCAUCUAGAACUCAGUCUUUAAGUCUCUCACGACCCAAAGAACCUAUCAUUUUCCCUCCCUUCCCGACUAAGGUGACCCCAAGUGGCACUGAUCUCCCCAACAACCUGGCAUCUCGUUCAAUCUUCCCCCCCACAGUGCCACUCACCCGCACUACAAAGGACGACGCCCCUCACACCUCCCUUCAGCGCCCUCUCACACCGCUUGAGUCUUCCCUCUCCAAGGAUAUCUCAAAUCACCUUCCUGCUGGAGUAAGGACGACCCUCUUGCUUGAUCUACGCCUCCGCCUUCGCCUGUACCUCGCUGUGGGUCACGGGAUCCCUUCACUGCUCCUCUCUAAACUUACGUAAACUUCUCUGUCCCUACGAAUCUACUCUUGUGGUUCCCGGCUCUGCUCAAACACGAGGCCAGCUCAAACACGAGGCCAGCUUAAACACGAGGCCAGUUUAAACACGAGGCCAGUUUAAACACGAGGCCAGUUUAAACACGAGGCCAGUUUAAACACGAGGCCAGUUUAAGAGAACGAAUCUUCCCUUUGUAACUUUUUUUUUUAAAGAAUUUCCCCAAACCUUUCAUAGUUUAUUCACGUCAUUCGCGAAUUUCUUCCAUAACACGAAAUAGAUUCAAAUACCCAGGUGCAGAUGGUUAAAGCCCCCCGUUAGAUAAAUUUGUUCUCCCUUAGUUUCUCCCUUUCUCCCUUAGUUACGUGAAUAGUGACGAUUUUAUCUCCCUGAGUUUAUUCUCCCUCUGUCUCUCUGUCUUUCGCAACAUUUCACAACUGAGGAAUAUAUCUGAAAGUCCAACAUUUAUCUCCUUAAAGUCUCUCAUUAUCUCUCUACCUUCUCUCUAUCUUCCUCUCAUCUCAAGUUCUCUGUCUCUUUCAUUUCUUCUCUCCCACUGCACUGUUCCCCUGGUCUCUUCAGAAAGCUUUCCUCAUCAUUCUCCUCCUUUAUUCUUCAAAAUUCUCUUCACUAGGAUGAGACUUAACUGAGAAUCGCUUAAGUAACACUCUCUCUCCCUGUCCCUUAAAUCCUGUUUUUGAAUACACUCAAAACUGGCCCUCAAACAUUCACUCAAGGGGUAGGUUUAGUGAUUACUGCUGGAGUGGUAUGUUCCUUGUUGGGUUUUUGGUCUUAUAACGAAAUCUGUUGCGAAUUUCGUUAUAUGUUUCGUUGAGAAUAAGUGGAAUUUCGUUGUGGGUUUAAGGUAAUGUAAUGACUAAUGAAAUUCGACUGGAUUAACGAAAUAAUUAACGAAACUCGACUGGAUUAACGAAAUAAUUAACGAAACUCGACUUGAUUAACGAAAUGAUUAACGAAACUCGACUGGAUUAACGAAUUAUAUAAAGAAACUCAACUUGAUUAACGAAUUGAAUAACGAAACUCGACUGGAUGAACGAAAUGAUUAACGAGAACCGACUGAAUUAACGAACUGUAUAACGAAGUAUUCACCUGUAUCCAGAUAAAUGUACAAAUUAUAGUAUAUAUUAAUUUAUCUUUAUUCUGUAGGUAUGUUUUUUAACUUUCUGUAUUUUGUAUUUUGUAAUGGAAUUAAUUUAUGUAUACAAAAAAUAAAUAAAAAAUGAUUGGAAACUAAA